CCGCGGCGGAGAAAUCUGUCGAACGCGUCGACCCGACUCCGCGAGCGUACGGGCCCAUUCGGACAGGAUGAGUGGUUGACGCUGAAAAAACUCGCCACCGCCUGGCGAAAUUCGCGUCCGCGCGCCAUCCGACCACCCUCGGACGGUUCGUCGUCGCGUUUCGCGUCGGGGUCGGCGACCUACCGGCGAUUCCGAUCGGCUGGAUCCGCGAAAACCUUUUUUCACCGUCAUAGGUUAUGGGCUUGUGCCUGGUGUAUCUUUGGUGCGGAACAGACGAAAUCCAUCGAAUUGCGAUCAACACUGCUCGUCCGCGCCGAUUUUGUGAGAUUCCAAGAGAUCACUUAGUAUCCGCCACGCGAUAAUGUCACACGCUGUGACUGAUUUUCUCUUUUUUUUUUCUGUGAUACCAAGAAUAUAAAAUGUCCCGCAAUCAUAAGGACAAGUAUGAUAACUCCAACCAGCGUCGUGUGUAUACGCUUAUGUGCGCUGAGGACUAUCAAUCGGGGAAGAAAUCUCACUGGUCGGAGUUGGAGAUAACAGGCAGUAUAAGAAACUUGAGCUCGAAUUUGUGGCAAAUGACUCAUCUAACAGCUCUGUAUCUGAAUGAUAAUAGUCUGCAGAGGGUGCCAUGUGAGAUUGGCCGUCUUGUUAAUUUGCGCAUUCUAGAUCUCAGUAGCAACAAACUACGCAGUCUGCCUGCUGAACUGGGGGAACUCAUCUACCUCCGGGAGUUGUUAUUGAACCAAAACUACCUUCGCGUGUUACCGUACGAAUUAGGGAAGUUGUUCCAGUUACAAGUGCUCGGACUUCAAGGAAAUCCACUCAGUAAGGAUGUCAUGACGCUGUAUGGGAACGGAGAGCCUGCAGGGACGAACAAGCUGCUGACGUACAUGUUGGACAACUUACAAGGUAAGAAACAGGGCGUAAUGGAAGCCGCGGCGCGCUGCGGUAACGUGCUGGUCCUUCGCUGGGUACGUACUUCAUGCAAAUGUUCGCGAUUUAGCCAACUACAAUGGGAUAGAAUUUGUUUCGGUAAAGUUACGGCAAAUCACCCGCCCCAAAGACCAUGGAUUCCAUUGACGAGGCCCAAUAGGUCAAGACCAACAUGUAUAUUCACGGUGAUGUGCUACAACGUAUUGUGCGACAAGUACGCGACACGGCAGAUGUACGGCUACUGCCCGAGCUGGGCGCUGGACUGGGAGUACCGGAAGAAGGGUAUCCUCGACGAGAUACGGCACUACGCCGCGGACAUCAUCAGCCUGCAGGAGGUCGAGACGGACCAAUUCUACAACUUCUUUCUGCCGGAACUCAAGCACGACGGCUACGACGGCAUAUUCUCACCCAAGUCCCGCGCGAAGACGAUGGCGGAGAACGACCGCAAGUACGUCGACGGCUGCGCCAUUUUUUACAGGACCGCCAAAUUUUCAUUGAUAAAGGAGCAUUUAGUUGAAUUCAAUCAAUUGGCAAUGGCGAACGCGGAGGGUUCGGACAAUAUGUUGAAUCGUGUUAUGCCCAAAGACAACAUCGGAUUGGCUGCAUUACUUAGGACUAAGGAAGCCGCUUGGGAUAACGGCGUUCCAUCUGACCCGGCACAAGUGCAACAACCAAUUUUAGUUUGUACGGCACACAUUCAUUGGGAUCCCGAAUUUUGCGAUGUAAAACUGAUACAGACGAUGAUGUUGAGCAAUGAAUUACGUUCCAUUCUGGACCAAGCUGGCCAGUCGUUCAGACCUGGCCACAAGCCUGACUCUUCCAACGUUCAACUACUGUUGUGUGGCGACUUCAAUUCUUUACCUGAUUCUGGUGUGAUCGAAUUUCUUACAUCUGGACGUGUGGCGGCCGAUCAUCGUGAUUUUAAGGAUUUAGCAUACAAAUCGUGUUUACAAAAGAUCUCUGUCUGCGAUAAACCCAACGAAUUCACUCAUUCUUUCAAGCUUGCAUCCGCCUAUAGCGAGGACAUUAUGCCCUACACCAACUACACAUUCGAAUUUAAAGGCAUAAUAGAUUACAUUUUCUAUUCGAAACAAAGUAUGGUGCCGCUGGGUCUUUUAGGUCCUUUAAGUCCAGAAUGGUUUAAAGAGCAUAAGGUGGUAGGAUGUCCACAUCCUCAUGUUCCAUCGGAUCACUUUCCUCUAUUAGUGGAGUUAGAAAUGACACCGACAGUAGGAACAAGCAACGGUUUGAUCUCACGCAGGUAGCAGCCGCUGCGAUCUAGGCCCAAGUAACCGUAAGAAGACGAGGAAUUAAUAACGAAGAUAAAAAAAACGAAAAAAAAUUUGCAUCACUUCUUCUCUACUUCUGGCUCUAGCAAUAUCACUCGCAUUACUCUUAUUACAAUAGCAAAUGUUACACACAAAUACUCCAUACAUUGCCGCACAUUCAACCAACAGCGAUCGCUAUCAACGGGAUAGAGACCGACGAAUAUACAAUUCUAACGACCAGGUGAAGGGAGCCGUGUUGUAAUGCGUUUAGCUAGCCCAUGUAUAGUGUAUUGCAUUUUUAAGAGCUAUCUUACUCCCAUGCCUAAAGAUUAUUGUAAUCUCUCUAUUUACCAUCAUAAUAUGUGUAGAUACCUAUUUUCCUAUAAAAAGAAAACGUAAAGAAAAUGAAAACGAUGAUAUUCCGAUCAAGAAGCUUCUGUGAUAUCAACAUUUAACACAAUUGGAACAAAUUCAUACAUUUAUUAGUAAAUGAAACUAGUAGCAUUGUACUAGAGAGAGAAAAAGAAAAAGAGACCCCUUAAAGGAAAUCUCCCUUCGCCUUUUCCUAAAUGUCAUUACAACAUUCUCCAAGCCAACUUUUUGAUAAGAUGCUGCCAUCCAUACAAUGAGAAAAAAAAGAAAAAAUUGUAUUUUUAAACGAAAUGAAAACGAAAAAAGAUAUGAAAACAUACAUGCUAUACUGGGCUGUGCGAAGUGAUUGGAGUGAUCGACUUAAAACAAUUUCAAUGCAAGUACAAAUCUGUUCUUAUUGGCCACGUAUAUAUUGAUAUAAUAUGGUAAUGUUAUAUAAGGAGAACAAGAAAACAUAUAUAGAUGAUAUUAUAGCGAGUGUAUUUGUAAGUAUGAUGUAAUGUAAUGAUGUUCAUCACACACGUCUGUCAUAACAUCAAGUGAGAUCAGUUCAACAUUCGCCCCACACUUUAGGUAUCCGUUCGGAUCCGAUUAUUAAUGUAUAUGUGCUCUAUAUCACAAUCUACUACUUGUUAAUUCAGUUGCCGCCAACGGACACAAGGGAGAAUUUUUUUUAUACAAUCGCGCGCGAGUGUUUUCGCGUUCUUUCCGCCACUGCAUUUCUAUUCACGUGACAUCUUGCUUAUUCUUAGUCGCAGCUACCAAAAAAAAUUGUGUAGGCUCUAAUUAUUUUAGUUGUAGAAAAUCUAUUAGACAGUUUUUAACAAUAUUAAUUAACAAUGAAAUAGAUAAUGUUUUGAAUACAUGAUUGCAGUGCAAGUAUACUUGCAUGUUAAAUGUUUUUCUCUAAAUUUUAUUUCAUUUGCAAAUUUUAUUUUUAAUCAGUUUAUUUAAUGCAAAUGCAAAUGAUUAUAAUAAAUGUGCAAUCUGUAUUUACAACACUUUACACAGAGAUAUACACUGAUUCGCUAAAAGUUUUAUCGAAAUAGAAAAGACAACACCUUUUUUAUAUUGCUGUAUAUAAUCUAUUUUUUAAUUUUAUCUCUUGCAGCAAUAGUUAAUACCUAGAUAUUAGGAAUGUAGAUAUAAUUUUCUUUAUGUAUGUGUUGUAAAUAUGACAAUGGGAUUUUGCAAUUAAUAUAUAGCUUCAUUCUUUUCUUUAAAGAGCACACAAUGAAAAUUUGUAUUAAAUAAUUUAAUGUGCACAUAUAUUUGUAUUCUGUAAUAUUGCGUUACAGAAUUCACAAUAUGCUUCAUAUAUUAUUUCAUUAUUUUCUCAAAAUUGUUUCUUAAUAUGCAAAAAUACUUAAAUGGUUCAUGUAUCAAUUGUAUAUGUGCAGAUCUCAUAAAAUAUUUUUUUAAGUUUUUAAUGUGCGAUAAAGAAUGUAUAAUUAUAGUAGUAUUGUUUUACAAAGCAGGUUAACACCAAUGUAAAUGGCACCGAAUACGAUCGGAAAGAUACGUAAGUUUAUGCACAAAUUAUUAUUCAUAAAUAAUUUUAUGAAUAUUGUAGUAUAGUGAAUUGAUCUCGUUACACACGGCACAAUUGAUGAUUAAGAACAAAUUUUCCACUUGAAAGAGCGAAGGUUUUUAGUUUGUACGUUAAUUCGGGAUUCCAACAACUGAAUUAUACAAGUAAAAGAUUAGUUUAUCAAAGACAUGUGUGUAGUAAAUGUUGUAUAAAGUAGGUAAUUAUGCUAUAGUUUUAAUUAUCUCGAUCAGAGAAAAGAGGCGACAUCUCUUUUGGUAUUUGUAUAUUUUUUCGUAUUAAGCAUGUUUUAACAUAGCAAACGAAUGACGUGAUGUAUUAAAAAUCAAUUGCCGGCUGCUCUGGGCCUAAUUUAAAACUGUCGGAACAAAGAUAAGAUGAUGGGAACGAUGAGAAGAUAAGAUGGCGGAUUUUUUCCGGUAAUAAUAAAAUAUCUGGAAAAUCUUAUAAUUUGUGCUAUCUUAUAUAAAGAAAAAAGAACAAUGAUAUGGUAUAAUAAUCAUUUUUAAUUCGCUCCUCUUUUAAUAUGAUGUAUCACGUAGCAAAGGAAAAUUAGUACAAUUCGUAAUGUCUUUUAACUAGUAUAUCAAAGUAUGGAAAUGUACUUUGCAGCAUGAAAGUACCUAUGUUUCCUUCGUAAUAAAUGGGAAUCUUUCGUGAUGAAUUUGGCGAUCAUUGAAAAUUCUUCAGAUUAGAAACGAAUCGCGAUUUCUUUGCAAAAGAAAAAUCGUUAUUUCCCAACAGUUACAGGACACGACACGAAAAAUCACAAUUUUAUCAGCAGUAUUCGAGAUCGCAUGGGUAUUUUCAUCGCUUUAUCCGUAAAGAUCACUCUGUAAUUGUCUCCUAUUCUACUCUAGCGAAGAAAAAAAGAAAACGGAAAAAACAUGGGUGUAUACGUUGUAUCGAUCGCUAUUCGAUUCUUUUUUAAAUACGUGAAUACACGGAUUGCGUUUUAGAGUAAACGUAACGAUUAAUUGUAAUACAUGCAAACGGGAAACCAAGCAGGCGUUGGGACUUCGUCCGAUCAGUCUCCGACGCGAUAAUAAAAUCGUUUAUGUGAAAAGAAAAAAAAAAAGAA